GCUUUGUACAUCCUAUUUUCAGUGACCACAACUUGCAUCAUCACUCAAUUAAUCGACAGUUCAGAAAACAAAGUUCUGCGCUAUGCCGCGUGUGCUUCUGUUCCCGGUGGAUGACACGGAGGACAGCCAAAAAAGCUGGGACUGGAUGAUUCAUAACUUUUAUAAGGAGGGCGACGAGGUGCACUUGUUGAAUGUCAUCUCGCGACUGUCAUUUGCCGCGACUCUGGGCGUGCCCGCCGUAGAUUUCACUCCACAAAUCAACCGGGAAGCUUACGAGGCGGUCGUCCGCAAGGCGGAGGCGUUCAUUGUGAAGCGCUUUCUUGCGAGGCUGCCCUCGAGCAUCCAGACCACGCCCAUCGUUCAUAUCAUCAAGUCGGAGGUGGACACGAACAGCGUGGGCCACGUCAUCUGCAUGAAGGCCGAGGAGAUCAAGGCCACGUGCGUGCUGAUGGGCAGCCACAACAAGGGCCCGGUGCGCGAGUUUUUCAUGGGCUCUGUCUCGCAGUACGUGUCGCACCACUGCAAGGUGCCUGUGGUCAUUGUGAAGCAGCCAUAAGACGCCCAACUGCGGGACUCAGGAUUUCGGGGGUUUGGGGGAACGGGGUUCAGGCAACGCAACUGUGGGGGCAGUAAUAGUGGCAGACCUUCAGCGUCCGGGCGUGGGCAUGCCAGCAUGCCGGUGAGCCAAGGCUGGUCAGGUGAUGAGUCAGCCUUGCCCCACAUUAGAUUUUCAGAUGCAUCGGACCCACGGCCAGACGUGCUGCUGCGCCGUCAGGGAAAUAUAGAUAUCAACAGUCGGACGGCUUUCCUAAUGUUGCCAAGGCGGUGGUGUGUCCUAAAACAAAAUGCAUCGCGAUUGCGCCAAUCUGCAGUUGUUUGGACGUGGUGUGUGGUUGAUGUGAGGUUCAGGCAAGUAGCGCAAAGCUGGGGACGCGUGGACCACGCGCCAGCUUUGCCUGCAGUGCAAUUGCGUUAACCCGGGAGAUGUGUGAUGUGUUCUUGUCGUGUGUUUGUAUGGAUGCGGGUUAUGCAGGGGUCGUGCUCUGGGAGUUCAGAAGGUCAUCGUGCGACCAAGCAGGUGCUGUGCUUAGCUGGCAUUGUGUGGAGGAUGCACAUGGGUGCAAUCAGCAGUGCCUACUUCACGCAGACUGUUGUGAGGCGGGUGUGAUGCGUCCUCAGCGUACCGUACACGCUUUGGGCACGACAACACCGCACACCGUCGCGGGGUGGACAGCAGGGCGGGCCACGGAUUGGGCAACGUAACGUUUAAUGACUUUGACCAAUGCAUCAUAGGGCGGCCGCGGAGGCGGAUUCACGCCUUUGCAAUUGCAGGAAAGAAGUGUCUACGUACGCAUUAGUUCCGCAACACUCGUCAAUAAGUGUCUGGAUUUCAUGUGGAUGCCGGAACGGCAAAACCCUGAGAGCUGUGCGUUGUUGCCUCGUUGUAACGGUGCGGUUUAUAA